GUAGAAAGAAAAAAUAUUUUGCCAUGAGACAAGAAGCAUAUAGAAAAGAUGUUGAACGUGCCUUUGAAGUAUUGCAAUCCCGAUUUGCAAUUAUUGCAGGACCUUCACAUUUUUGGGAGAAAAAAGUCUUACACGACAUAAUGAGUGCAUGUAUUAUUAUGCAUAAUAUGAUAAUAGAAAAUGAACGUGAUAUGCAUGCACCAAUUGAAGAUGUGAGAGAUACACCAGUUCCAGAUAUUGAAGUGACAUUUGAUGAGGCGGCACAAUUCACUCAAUUUCUUAGCCGACAUAACCAAAUUCACGACAAAGACGCUCAUAUUGAGCUCCACAAUGCUUUAAUUGUUCAUUUGUGGAAACAAUUCUCAAUUUCCGAUAACUAAAACUAA